UCGCCGUCGCCGCCGUCGUCGGGGGCCUCCAAGCGGAGCGUCGACGUCGAGGGCGACGUGCGGAUGCGCAACGGGGCGUGGACCAGCCCGGAGGCGGUGCGGAUGCGGCUGCGGGAGGAGGUGCGGUGGCUGGUGGCGCAGGGGGUGCACGACAACUUCGAGUUCGAGCGGGGCCGGUUCGCGGAGGAGGUCCGGGGCCAGGUGCUGGCGGCGGUGGGGGAGGAGGUGGAGAGGCUGGUGCGGGAGGGGCUCGGGGCGGCGCUGGCGGGGGCGCUGGGGCGCGGGGAGGAGGAAGGGGAGGAGGAGACGGCGGCGGUGCAGAUGGCCCGGGAGAGGCUGGUGCGGAUGAGCGACGAGGGGCGGGCGCGGGUGUUUUGCACGCGCGAGAUGCUCGAGGUGCUGAGGAGGGUGGCCGACCUGGUGGAGGUGGAGAUGCGGACGGAGGGGUGGAGUUUGGUCGAGGCGGACGACGAGGAUUGGGUUGGGUGA